AUGAUUUUCUACAAGGACUACAAGGUGGGCGACGAUUGCAAGGCCAUUUCUCCGGAAGACGAGCGCUGGUACCCUGGCGUUGUGGCGGAGGUUCUCGCGGAGGACAAGUUCCGUGUCAAGUGGGACGACCCAGACGGGGGCCCCGAGACAGCAGACCUGCAUUGGGAGAGCAUGAAGAGGCAGAGGGUGAAGCGGGACUACAAGGAGGGCGACGAAGUGCUCGCCAAGUUCCCAGAGGAUGGUAUGAUGUACGAGGCCGUGGUGCUCAAGGGCAACGACGACGGCACGUUCCAGGUGAAGUGGGACGACCCGGACGGCGGGCCAGAGGACAGCCCCGUGAGCCCCAAGGAUAUGAAGAUCCCGCCCAUACCCUUCGACAAGCUCGAGGUCGGCCAGAAGUACACCGGCACCGUGAGGAGUGUCCGGGAUUUCGGCGCGUUCGUCGACAUCGGCGCCGAGUCCGAUGGGCUCCUGCACAUCUCCUCCAUUUCGACGGACAGGAUCGAUGACAUCUACUCUGAGCUCGAGGAGGACCAGCAGGUCGAGGUCUGGAUCAGCGGCCUGCGCGACGACGGCAAGUUCGGCGUGACCAUGAUUGAGGGUAGAAGGGGCGGCGGCGGCGGCGGUGGCGGGCGAAUCCUGACCGACGCCUCCCUGUUCGAAGACAAGAUCGACGAGUGGUUCGACGGCGAGGUCGUCAACAUCGCCCCCUUCGGCGCGUUCGUCGCCGUCACCCUGGACAGCGGCGAGCAGGGGCAGGGCCUGGUCCACGUGUCCCAGAUCGCAGACUCCUUCGUGGAGAACAUCAACGACUUCGUCGAGGUCGGUAAGCAGGUUAGGGUGAAGCUCGUCAGGGCGGACACCGAGACGAACAAGCUGAGCUUCACCAUGAAGGACGGCGCUGGCGGGUCGCCUCGCGAGGAGAGGGAGCCCGUUGACCUGACCCCCUUCGAGGGGAUGGAUCCGUCCACCUGGAUCACGGGCACGGUGGCGAAAUGCGCCAGCUUCGGCGCCUUCGUGGAUGUGAAGGCGCCAGACAGCGACGCCACGGCGAGCGGCCUGGUGCACAUCACGCAGAUCAAGGAUGGGUUCGUGGAGAGCGUGGAGGACGAGCUCGAGGUCGGCCAGGAGGUUCAAGUCCGCGUCAUCAGCGUGGAUUCUGGGAUGGGCAAGAUGAGCCUGAGCAUGAAACCCGAAGACGCCGAAUGA